AAGAGGGCGCGGCGGGCCAAUCCGCUCAAAGAAGACGCGCUCUAGGCGAGACCACAGCCGCCGGAUCGGUAGGGGUGUGCUUUGUUGCGUCGCCGGUCCCUUUAUGACGCGCGCAUCGCACGUCGCCAGGAAGGGCUGAGGGCGCUCCCCUCUCGGCCUCGUGAAGGAAGGCGCGCCCCCUCCUGACGCCCGCUUUCCCCUUCAAAAUGGUCUAGCCCGGCGCCCGGACACGUGACUUCUCUCCAAGAUGGCGGCGGCGUCUAGUUCGGCGCCUGGUCCCUCGGCGGCCGAGGCGGACGAGUUCGAGGAUGCGCCCGACGUGGAGCCGCUGGAGCCGACGCUGAGCAACAUCAUCGAGCAGCGCAGCCUGAAGUGGAUCUUCGUGGGCGGGAAGGGCGGCGUCGGCAAGACCACCUGCAGCUGCAGCUUGGCUGUGCAGUUGUCCAAAGUGCGAGAGAGUGUCCUCAUCAUCUCCACUGAUCCUGCUCAUAACAUCUCAGAUGCUUUUGAUCAGAAAUUCUCCAAGGUUCCCACCAAAGUUAAGGGCUAUGACAACCUUUUUGCCAUGGAGAUUGAUCCCAGCUUAGGUGUGGCUGAACUUCCUGAUGAGUUCUUUGAAGAGGAUAACAUGCUGAGCAUGGGCAAGAAAAUGAUGCAAGAGGCAAUGAGUGCUUUUCCUGGGAUUGAUGAAGCCAUGAGCUAUGCUGAAGUGAUGAGGUUGGUGAAAGGGAUGAAUUUUUCUGUGGUGGUGUUUGACACAGCGCCCACUGGGCACACGCUCAGGCUACUCAACUUUCCCACCAUCGUGGAGAGAGGACUGGGCCGCCUGAUGCAGAUUAAGAAUCAGAUCAGUCCCUUCAUAUCCCAGAUGUGUAACAUGCUUGGCCUGGGAGACAUGAAUGCUGACCAGCUGGCAUCCAAGCUGGAGGAGACCCUUCCUGUCAUCCGCUCAGUCAGUGAGCAGUUCAAAGACCCGGAGCAAACCACAUUUAUCUGUGUCUGCAUUGCUGAGUUCCUAUCUCUGUAUGAAACAGAACGGCUCAUCCAGGAGCUGGCCAAGUGCAAAAUCGACACGCACAACAUUAUAGUCAAUCAGUUGGUCUUCCCUGACCCCGAGAAGCCCUGCAAGAUGUGUGAGGCACGGCACAAAAUCCAGUCCAAAUAUCUUGACCAGAUGGAAGACCUCUAUGAAGACUUUCACAUUGUAAAGCUGCCCCUUUUGCCCCACGAAGUCCGAGGGGCUGACAAAGUGAACACCUUCUCAAGUCUGCUGUUGGAGCCGUACAAGCCCCCCAGUGCAAAAUGAAGCCCCACAGACUGGUUUCCCUGCCCCACCCUCUCCGCCUUUCCAUUCCACGCCAGCCCUUCCCUGCCUCUUCUCUGCUGGAGCUCUGCCCUUCCAGGGGCCUCUCAUCUUUCUAAAGUGUGUGGUUGACAGGCUUGUGGUGGGGUUGGAAGAGGCAGCAUGUGUCGUUCAUACUUAGUUCUGUAUACCUAACUCCUUGGGACCCCUCCCCACCCCACCCCAGCCAGCCACAGUGUUGAAUCCAUCCCCCCGCCCCCUCAAUUAACCAACUAGCUAAUUUAAACUUGGGUCCAUCUCUUUUCUAAAUUUCUGCCACUGAUAUCUUCCUGGAUCAUGUCUCUUGGGGCUGAUGCUGUUGCGGCUGAAAUCCCAAUCAGGUGCUUCAAUAACACAGAGACUGUCAGUCCACUUACAACACUAAGGCCAUCACUACUAAUGGGAAGUAUGUAAAUAAAGUACAAGGGAAUUAAGUUAGCUGCCGCUUGUCUAACCAGACUCGUUUCAUUUGUACCAGAAAUUUCUGUAGUGGUUGGAAGAACACUUAGAAGUUCUACUGGGGUGGUCUUUGCCAACACAGAAAAAUAAAACCUCUAGGAAAGUUGUUACCUGCUUUAAAGAUUACUUGGUUUGUAGCAGGUUUGGAAGAUCUAUCAACUCCUCGCAUGCAGCUUCCCUCAGGAAUUUUUGCAGCCCUCACCAGCAUAACCACCAACUCGACUGGAGUCAUGUACCUUAUUCAAAUAUAGGAGCCCAUUUCUAGAAGUGCAAUGCUAUUUAAUAAAAGAGAUGUGCAAGUUGUUUUGCCACUGCUACCCUCGCAAUUCUGAGAGUGGGGUUGUAGGCACUAGUGUUUAUUUGGGGGAGGAGGGAUUCAACCCCCUCUCCCAAGUUUCCCAGUCCUGAUUUAAAGUUAUGGAAAGAUUAGGAAUGAGGCUACCUCAUGCUGCUGGUCAGCUUUUCACACUGGAAAGUAGAGGUAUGGGCUUGAAUAGAGGUAUCAAUAUUGGAAGGAAAAACACAGGUCCCUAAGACUUUUGGAGGUGUACAUAGAUAAUUUUUCUAAUGCCUUGGACUCUUUGCACCCUUUUUGCAAGGGAUAACAGUAUUAACAUUUCAUAGCAUGCAAAAUCUGACGUGUGCAUAGAAACAUCCGGUCGCAAAAGAGACUACUGGGAAAAGAUGCAUUGAAGAUGUGGUUCCAGUGCAGUAGUCUGUGGCAGAACUGGAACUACUGCAUAUAGGGUCAGUAACUGGAUUUUGCCAGUGUCUCUGUGUGAUCUAGUAUUUGAAAACUAGUCUGUUUUAGGGCAGACUAGGUGAGGCAAUAGCUAAAAAGAGUGAAAGAACAUCUUAUGGGGGCACAAUAUGGGUAGCCAUUGGCACAAUAGUUCUGCCAGCAGUGGUUUUUGAUUGGGGAAACGUGCUUUCUUCACACUGCAUAGCUUAGCCUCCUCCUUUGCAUGGCUUACCAUAAAAAGGCUUUAAACUGUAUCCCAGAAAGGCCAGGACUAUGGCCAGAGUUUUGCCCAACCUGAGCAGCUCUGGUUCUCUCUACUUCCAUUCCUUUGCCCGUUCCAGGGGCAAAUGCAGUGAAGCCCCUUUCCUUCUCUCUUACAAUUUUAACAGUUGCAGAACAAAUAAUUUGUUGCAUCUUUAAAAAAGAUAGUAAAAAGAAUUAGAGUUACUCACAAACUGUCAGUCUUUUGGGUGGUUCCUUAGCAAGUCCAACAAGUUGCUCUUACGGUUAGAGCCCUCCAAAGGCACCCUUACAAUUUGACUGUAAUGCAAGUUGUAAAAAUCAACACACGAAUGAAUUGCAAUUCUGAAUAUUUCUUGGGGGCUGUAUGACAUGUUUUUUGUGAAGUUAAUAUAUUUUGUAUGUAAGCCAGUGUGUUAGAAGCAUGUACUGUACAAUGUAAUAUAUUUUAUUUAGUAUUCCCAGUGGGAGGAGGCAACUUUGUCUUUUCAAAAAUAACAUAUAUUUAAGCAGAGCUGUGCUUGCAGGUGCAGCACAGCUCAGUGGCAAAGCACUAAAAGCAGACUAAGUUUCUGGAAAAUCACAAUGGGUAGGGAAGAAGAUAAGCAAUUGCUUAACAUUGGAUAUGUAAAGCAUGACGUUUUGGUCGGCUGCUCCAGGACAGAAUGCUCUGGCAGCGGGUAAAUCUUCCACGAGAAGUAAAUCUUGUAAAAUAAAACCUUCCUCAAACAA